AACUUUGUCUGAAACAUUUUUCAAAAUAACCACUUCCCUCGUUUUUAAACGGGGUGUACGGUUGGCCUGAAACACCCGGUAUAUAUGUACACACACAUACAUGUUUAUAUUAUAUAUUAUAUUAUAGAGUUCCAUGAUCUACAAAACUGUAUAUACAAUUGCUUGGUAUGAAUUACCGGUUUUAUUCAAAACCGAGAUAUGUUUGCUCAUGUUGCGUAGUCAAAAACCAAGUAAAAUAACUGCAGGAAAAUUUUACGUAAUGCAUCUGGAGAAUUUUAAUGCAGUGUUGAGCACGGCUGCCUCAUACUUCAUGUUGCUCCGAAGUUUUGGCUCGGAUGAAACUAGUGUCAAAUUAUAAUUGAAUAAAAUCGUAAUGUGUAAUUAAGAAAUAUAAUACUGAAAAAAAAUAAAUACAACACUUGAAAAUUGUGUGUAAAAGCUCUGACAAAUAUGAUUCAUACAUUACUGUCUAUUAAUAUCCAUAUAUGCGAGAUUUUAUCCUGUAAUAUUUCGGCAAUAUUUGUUACAAAUAUGCACCCCAACCAAAAUACAUUUGGCACAGAUUAUCUGUAUUUGUCGCUUCUAAAAUUAAAUGAUUAGUUUGUCCUUCGACAC